AUGCGUUUCUGUAGCCUCCCGACUGCCGUUCUGGCAUUCGCCGGUGCCGUCCAAUCCCUAGCGGUCGAAAAGAGGGAUCUGCUUUCGGAUCUCCAAAACCAGGCCCUUGAGAACCUGAAGGCUGCAGAAAAGAAUGGUACUCUUGAGAAGAGCGGGGGGUGCUCUAUUCUUACCGCGACCGUUCGCAAAGAUUGGGCUUUCAUAAGUGCGAAGGAGCGAAAAGCAUAUAUCAAUGCUGUACAGUGUAUGUUCGACGCUCCAUCCAAAUCCGAUCCGCUUCUAGUACCUGGCGCAAAAACCCGCUACGAUGACUUCGUCGCACAACACAUCAACCAGACGUUAACGAUCCACGGAACUGGUAACUUCUUGAGUUGGCACAGGUACUUUGUGCACGGCUACGAGAAGGCAUUAAGAGACGAGUGCGGAUACAAAGGCUCCCAGCCGUACUGGAACUGGUUCAGCCAUACAGAUAACCUCACUAAGCACCCUGUCUUCGACGGCUCCGCAACAAGCAUGGGCGGGGAUGGUUUUUAUGUGAAGCACAACGGAAGUGCGGGUGGCAAAGGCACUAUUGCGCUACCUUCCGGCGCAGGAGGUGGCUGCAUCAAGGACGGUCCAUUCAGGAAUCUCCAAAUCAAUCUUGGCCCUGUUUCUCCAUCGAUGGCCGGCGAGGCUGCGUCAUCAUCACCACUUGCAUGGAACCCACGCUGCGCAAAGAGGGAUUUGACCUCCUACGCAUCCUCCACUUGGUUGACCUUGGACAACCUCUACAACGUCACCCUCGGAACAGCCUCCAAGAACAUUGGUCGCUUCCAAGACGAGCUCCAGGGACGCUUUCCUGACGGCUUCCUCGGUAUGCAUGCCGCAGGCCAUUUCGCAAUUGGUGGCGAUGCCGGUGAUGUUUUCAGCAGCCCUACCGACCCUGCAUUUUUCCUUCAUCAUGCUAUGAUCGACCACGUAUGGUGGCUUUGGCAGGCGCUGCACCUCAAUCAAGCCAAGUCCAUCGCUGGUACGAUCACUAUCUUCAACCAGCCACCUAGCAGAGAUGCUAGGCUUGAUGACCCUAUUCAGAUGAACUAUCUUAAUCUACCAACCAUAAGCAACGAGGAUAUGAUGAGCACAUUAGAUGGAGAGCCGCUGUGCUACGUUUAUCUGUAA